UCUUGCCAUCCCACACCCACCUCUGGUCUCUUGCACCACCACCCUCCCCAAGCUCUUCGCCAUGUUCCCGACUCGUGUUCUGCGCAUGCAGGCCUCCCGGCCCUUCGCUUUUCCUGCUCCUAAGGAAAACCACAGCGCCCACACUAUCUCUCAGCGUCUGCGCACUCUGAAGAGAAUCCCUCCGGAGUUGAUCCCUCUCGGUCUGGUCCUUGGUGUCGCCGUCGGUGCUGCCAUCUACUCCAGCUCCAAGAAGCUCAUGACCGACAAGACCCUCCGUCUCUACCGCAACAACCCCGAGGAGCGUGACCACUAAGAAUGUACCAUCACAUUUGAUUCCAAUUGCAAUGAGGCGAUUCUCUGGUUGAUUUUGUCGGCGAUCUGUAUCAUUCACGGGAUAGUUGGACCCUGUCGCGCAGCGGCAGAGAAGAAUGGAAUGCUCGAAAUUUCUCAGGCUCGGGGUUGGAGCGCGUGUAAAUAGUACGGCUUUAAACGAAGGGUUCUGAUGAAGUAAUAUCGCAAUAUUACUGUCGCCGCCUUCUCUGCUUCUUUCCCUGGCGCGAGUUGCAUCGUGAUAGUGCUCAUUCCGGCUUGGGUCCGGCCACGUCCAGCUCCUCCAGUCCCUGCAUGGGGUCUUGACGUUCGUUCCCGUCUGCCUGGGCCUCGUCGGCGGCCAAUUUGUCUUCC